GUGACUUAACUCGUGACCUUGGGGCAGUCUUCUCGAGCAAUAAGAGUGCGACGAUCGUCCUUUCCUUGCGAUUAACCUCCAUCUCCAAAUUCCAUCACAGAAUACGUGAAGUGAGGCAAGCGACAACAACAAAUCUUCGAGUUUUUUUGCGUUGUUUCUGUAAAAUUAACGAGAUUUCUUCAAUUGAAGGCAUUGAAUCACAACUGGUAUUGUCAAAAUGCUAGGUGGCCCUGGGCUUGAAUCUGUUGUUGAUCAAAUCAUUUCAGUUAUCACAAAUGAUGGAAGAAACAUAGUGGGAGUUCUAAAAGGUUUUGACCAAGCAACAAAUAUAAUUCUGGAUGAAUCUCACGAACGAGUUUAUUCCACCAAGGAAGGAGUUCAACAACUUGUAUUAGGCCUCUACAUCAUAAGGGGUGAUAACAUAAGCAUAAUUGGGGAACUGGAUGAGGAGCUUGAUGCAAGCUUGGAUUUGGCUGAACUGAGAGCUCAUCCUCUAAGGCCUGUUAUUCACUAAUUAUGAUGAUCUUAUUUUAUUAAAUCAUGUGUUUUAGGGGGAGUAAAUGUGAUACAUGAAAACUGAAGUGGUUGCUAUUUGUUAAUGCUAUGUAUUUGUUUUAGCUUUUGGUUGAAA